CUUCAGCUUUCAUUGCCUUCACUGUCGACCACACUAUGGACUCGACGGACAACGGAUUACAGGAAUGGCUGCUGAAGGAGGACAACGAGUCCAUCACCGAUGACGUGGAGGACAUGCCACAGAUGUUUGGUGGCGAAGUGGGCGCAGACGUAUCGGCGGACACUCGGGCGACGGUCGAGAAGAUGACAGCCGUGUGGCUGCAGAUGGGACUCAACACCACAGAAAUGGUGGACCGGAUGAAAGAGAUGCGCGAAAUCCACGCGACAGCCAAUCGGAACGCUCUGAAGACGGAGUCGUCGACACUCCAGAGACUCAUUGAAUACAAUGAGAGGAAACUUCAGGAAAUCAAUGGCAUUCUCGUGGAUCUAACGCUGCCGUCAUUUACGGCGCCCACCUUUGUGUCACUGAAACAAACCGGAAGAAUACUGGUCUACAAACACAACGAAUUGGAGGCCCUGAAGAGGGAACGACUGAACCAAUUGACGCAAUUGAAGUCCAAGAGAGACCGACUGCUGAAGAUGAUGGCCGCGAAGGCCAAGGAGUUCAAUACCGCCACUAAUAUUCCCAGC